CGUUGAAUCACCCGCUGUUGCCGUCAUUGGUUCAGGCAAUCACGCAGACAGCUUCCCGAGCAUGGGCUUAAGAGUUCUUGCGCAUGCGCGUUUCUCUCUUUCCCCCGGCGGCUGUAGCGACGAUGGCGGGCACCAAAGAAAAGAAGGUCCCGUCUGUCCCGGAAAGCCUUUUGAAAAAGCGUAAGGCGUACGCAGACAUGAAGGCCAAACGUGCCAAGCGUUUGUUAUUAGAAAAGAAGAUAAAUAGGCAGAAGAGAAAACUCAUCUACAAGAGAGCUGAGAGUUACCACAAGGAGUACAGGCAAAUGUACCGAAGUGAGAUUCGACUUGCCAGAAUGGCACGCAAAGCCAACAAUUACUAUGUCCCUGCUGAACCCAAGCUAGCAUUUGUGAUCCGUAUUAGAGGCAUCAAUGGUGUUAGCCCUAAAGUUCGCAAGGUGCUUCAGCUCCUACGACUGCGUCAGAUCUUCAAUGGAGUGUUUGUGAAACUGAAUAAGGCUUCAAUCAAUAUGCUUCGUAUUGCAGAGCCAUACAUUGCAUGGGGCUAUCCAAAUCUAAAGUCUGUCCGUGAAUUGAUUUACAAACGUGGCUUCGGCAAGAUCCGGCAUCAGCGCAUUGCGCUCACUGACAAUUCCUUGAUCGAAAAACAGCUUGGAAGGUGUGGCAUCAUUUGCAUUGAAGAUCUGAUUCAUGAAAUCUACACGGUAGGGAAGAACUUCAAGAUGGCCAACAAUUUCUUGUGGCCCUUCAAACUGUCCUCACCACGUGGUGGCAUGAACAAAAAGACGACACAUUAUGUUGAGGGUGGUGAUGCUGGCAACAGAGAAGACCAAAUCAACAGAAUGAUUAGGUGUAUGAACUGAGGUGUGCCACCGCUGUCAGAUUUCUACCAUAUCUGUUAAAUAAAGAAAUUUAUUUACAGUGA